AUGACUGAACAGGAGAGGCAACGAUGUAUCCAGCGAAUGGCCGAUGAAGGCCGAGACGCUGAAAAUUUUCACUGGGAUCAUGCACUUAUCAAGCAGGUUCUGACAUCUUCGCAACUUUAUGAGUUUUGCCUUGCAUGGGCGUUCAUGGAACUCACUUGUGGUGUAAACCUCCAGCGAUGGAUGACACUGUGGAUCAAGUCUCUCCGAGUUGAUGAAAAGCCCAAGUACAGCACCGAGAAAGUCAACGCGAUUCCUACGGCGGUCGGAUGUACAGGCCUUGUCUGGAUGCUUCUCAGUGCAUUCAUUGCAGAUAGAUUUCAGAAUCGGGCUCUCCUGAUCUGCAUUCCGGGCUGCGUACAGCUGUUCAGCUACAUCGUGCUUUUAGUCUGGCCAGACAACAAGUCUUACGUGAUGGCAGCUUAUUACCUCGCCAGUGCAUACAGUGCGCUAUCCCCGUUGAUAUCUGCCUGGUUGAAUUCGAGUUGCGGCGGGAAGAAGCAGCUUCGCGCCCUAAUAAUGGGACUGAUGAUCUCGAUUGGGUAUGACGUUGAAACUGUUGCUCAGCAAAAGAUUUUUCUUAUUUCGCAGACCCCGAAGUUCAAGCAGACUCAUGGAUAUGCAUUUGGGAUUGCAUGA